CCCCGGCGCGAACCGGGCUUCUCCCGCACCGUCACUCCCCCUCCCCCCUUCCUAAUCCAGCCCCCCUUUAUACUCGUGUACUUAUAUCAAUCGCCGCUCAAUCAGAUCUGCUUGUAUAGCCUGCCUCCUCUCUCUCCCCAUCCUCCCCAUCCUCACUGCCCACCAUGGUGGCCAACGUCGAGAUCAUCCCGCAUUCAGAGACGAUCCACAUGUAUGGACCGCCCGACACAAACUCUGCCUACACCGUGUCUGGCGUCGUCCGCAUAACACCUACCUCCUCUUCGUACUUCUUCGAGCGCCAUCAGCCUCGACAGAUCACGCUUCAGUCCCUCGUCGUCACCUUCGAGGGUCAGUCCGAGACCCUCACGCCAACACACGGCUAUCGCUCUGUCCGCCUCUGCACGACCUCACGCCAACUUGUCCCAAAUGAACCCAUACACCUAACAAAUGAUGAGCACGAUAGCUCUGAUGGCUCCGAUAGCCCAUGUUCCUAUGAUUUCGUCUUCAACAUCCCCGUCGCCGGCUGGCUUCCCGAGUCCACGUACUUGCGCAGAGGCUUCGGCACGCGCUACGUCCUACACGCUGCAGCGCAGUUCGGCAACGCCGGACCCUCGAGCUCGUGGACGUCAUUGUGCGUGCCGUUCUUCGCACGUACGCGCAGCGCCGCCUGCCUUCGCCAAAUCACCAUCCGUCGCUUCGGCAAGCACCCGAGUCUCCGGUGUUACGCGAACGAGCAGGCGGCGGCUAGCGAGCGUAGUACUGCAACCUAUGUCGUGCCCACGCCGCAGUGCGAGCAGGGCAGCGCCCCCGCAGUACCGGACGACAUCAUUAAGGCUAUCCAGACCCUAGUCUCCGUCCCGGAGUUCGUUGAUGUGGAGGAGGAGACGUUGAAUGCGACUCUACGCCUGCGCACGAAGGGGCUCGACCGCGAGCAGUGCAAGAGGCUACAGAUUCCAUCAUUCAGCGUUGAUGUCGAGCAGUCCGAGACGUUCAGAGCGCACGCAAGCCAUCUUUACGAGGAACGGUUCCCACUGCCGUCGGAAGACAUGCAGCCGCCGCAACUGCCUCUGCUUGACGGACACCCUGACGCGGCCGAUCUGGGCAUGUUCGUCCCUGAGGCGAAUGAGGGCGACGUUCUCAUGCGCACGUUCUCGCUCUUGCACCCGCACACCCCCAGCGAGCAGCGCCUCGGCGAGAACAACCGCUGCUUCGCCCGCGACGCGGAGCAGUCCUCGCAGACGUGGUACACGCUGCAGGCGUCGAUCCCGUACAUGCGCGCGCAGGCACACACGCCGGACGACAAGUGGGCGGGGCGCAAGGUGCUCAAGUCAACGGUCACGUCGCCGUUGUUCACCAUCGGGCACGCGCUGAAGCUCGCGGUCACGGUCGCGUACGAGCUCGAUAGCGGUGAGCAGGCGCGUGCGGUGCUCAAGUUCGACGUGCCGCUUCGCUUCAGCCGCGCGCCGCCGCCUCCGGCAGCCCCGGCAGCGCACGUCGUUCUCGCGUCGUCGACGUCUGCGACUGAGCCGCCUUCGCUCACAGCGUCUGCGCCGUAUGCGGCGUCAAGCGCCCUCCCUGCGUACUCCAACCUAUACGACGCUUCCGGGAACCAGAAGGUCGACUACUCGGACUACCUGCCGCGCUAUGCGCCUGCCGAGACGCCCUCCUCUUCCGAGCUGCCCGACUACGACGGCCCCAACGCCGCCGAGGAAGCCGCAGUCGCAGCCGCCGAGACCGCCAUCGCACCACCCAAACCGCUCGUCGACCUCGGCGAGGGUUCCUCGAAAGCGCCGCUUCCGACUGCCGACAAGACGACUUAUGACCACCCGAACGACUUCGACGACACGGACGAACAUUCGCCGUUGCUCUCAUAGGACUCUCAACUAUUUAUUCCUCUGCUCUUGUCCGAUUUCUCGUCUCUUCACUCACGAUCUGUUCGAGCUGGUUUCAUCGCACUACAACACACUACUGUAUUUUUACCCCUCGCCUCUUCUGCUUUUCCGAUACCAAUCGAGUUCAUCCAACUCGAGUUCAACGACAGUUUAUAUACUAUCCUACCCUCACGUCCUGUACUAUCCAGCGCGGCCCCGCUUGCGGGUGCCGUGCCCUGUAUCCCUUCUUCGUUGACUCGGAAUGUACAUGACCAGUAGCUAAGCUACCUACUACACCGCUCUUUGUACAGGUAUGAUUUAUGCACGAAUUGCCUGCUAUGAAUGACAAUCAUGUUUUAUUUA